GGGAAUUAUAACGAAUUCCAGGCCUUUUUUUCUCACUAUUUCACGCAAUUUACACACUCUCUCUCUCUAACUCUCAUUGUCAGCAACAAAGAACCACAGCCGUUGCCAACGCCUCCCCUGCCGUGCCGCCGCCCCUGCCGCCGCCAAAGUGAACGGAAGUUGUUGCCGGCAUUGUCUCACUCACUCUUUAAAUCCGGGUAAACCCUAAAUUCGUAGUACAUUGUUGAAUUUUACAUUGAAUAGUUGGUAGUAGAUAGUUGUUGUAUGUUGUAGCAAAUUGUGAUGUAAAUUGUAUUAAUUUGUUGCUAAUUAGUAAUGAAAUGUGAUAAAUUGUUGAGCUUUGGGACCAGCGGUUGGAGUCCAUCGUUGACGGUCACCUGUUUCAGGGUGUUAUGGAUCCGCGUGAUCCUUACAUGGUAUGGUACAGGCAGAUUACACGCCUUUUCAUCAACCCUACCUACACCCCACCGUCCACGCACUACCAUCCAGCUUAUGAUGUUAUCAGCGGACUUGCGGGGGAUAUGGGUGCGAUGGUUGAUGCACUUUCAGAUGCCUUAGCAGCCGUACCCACCAGAGCCCAGGUUGAGCGGGUGCGAGAUAUGGGCAUACAUAGCUUGCAGAGAUAUGGCCAUGGCCAUCUCGUCCACCCCAGGGACGAUCAUGACCCCAACUCCUUCCAUUCACAGUUCGACUUCGGACAGAGUAGUGGUGGAGGUCAUACUUCGGGCUCUACACAGGCAGAGGAUUACUUCAUCCAUAACACCGCUCCCGGCCACAGCCAGGAUGACUCAUCGUCUUGCCAGCUGACUCCUCCACCGUCCCGAGACCCAUUCACCACCAUUCAGCAUUACACGAGGCGUCCGAGGCGUGUUCGUAGACGAACGGAGGACACACAGGAUGGAGAUCAGUUAACUCCAAUACAUGAGUCCGGAUAGUAUUAGUUAGUUGAUCCUUUUGUGGUACUCAGAUAUUUAACAAUGUUGUAUAUAACGCUUACAUUAUUAAUACAAGAAAUGUUUUCUAAAUGACUCUCUGUACAAUUUGAAGUUUAUUUCCCUUAUUUGUCCGAAUUUGACUUUUGUUAGUGAAACUAUAUCUUUUAUAUCCGUUAUAUGUAUCAAGCAGCAUAUAUUUGGUCUCCUGCACUU